GUUUUGUUUGUGCCGUCUGCUGGUCGUUCUACAGACUUAACUACGUCAACUGGGUCAACUCGUGUUAUAAAUUCCUAACGGCGCACUGUAAAAUGAGUAUUCUGAAUAAUUUGAGUCGGCCAUGCGAAGAUGGAAAACUUUAGCCGCCCUUUUCGAGCCUCAUGGACUGGAGUCUUGUCCUAGCUUCUCGGCUAACGUUAGCUAUUUGUGUGGCUACUUAACGACAUGGCUACCAGAGACUUACAUUUUCGGUCGAAGUACCGUCGCCCCCCGAUGAGUGGAGAGCAGGACGAUGACUCGGACGCCGAGGAAUCUCAGCUGGGAUUGAAGAGGACGGACAGUCUGGAGUCUCAGAUCAUCCACAGUGGGCACUUCAUGGUGUCGUCGCCGCACAUUGAACACCCCCCCAAGAAAGGCUAUGACUUCGACACCGUCAACAAACAGACCUGUCAGACGUACCAUUUUGGCAAGGCGAGCACGUCUCAUUUCUCCAUAGACGCCUCGCUCACUAAACUCUUCGAGUGCAUGACCCUUGCCUACAGUGGUGAGUUGGUAUCUCCCAAAUGGAAGAACUUCAAAGGUCUAAAGCUGCUUUGGAGAGACAAAAUCCGCCUGAACAACGCCAUUUGGAGAGCAUGGUAUAUGCAGUAUGUGGAAAAGCGGGAGAAUCCUGUUUGUCACUUUGUCACGCCCCUCAGUGGAAGUAUUCACUUGGAAGUUCAUCGUCCUACAGAGGCCAUUCCCACAGACGUGAGAUGCUGGAAACGAAGAAUUGAAAUUGUGAUAAAAGAAUAUCACAAAUGGAGAACAUAUUUCAAGAAAAGAUUACAGAAACACAAGGAUGAUGACCUUUCAAGCUUGUUGAAGGGGCCAGAGGAGCAGUUAUCGCUGUUUGGGGAAGUCUCUCCAGACAUGCUCCGUCUCUCAUUUCUUCAGGAUGAAGAUAUUGGUGUACGCCGUGUCCCUCAUAAGAAUACUGAAACCCCAGCCCCUAUGGAGAUGGACAUGCUCUUUGACAUGGAUGUUCUGAUGUCCGAGUUUACAGACACAUUGUUCUCUACAUUGACCUCGCACCUCUCCAUAGCCUUACCCAAUCCAAGGGAGAUUGCUCAUGCAAGGAAUGCAGACAUGAUUCAACCAGGACUGAUUCCUUUGCAACCCAACCUAGAUUUCAUGGACUCCUUUGACCCUCUUCAAGACUUAUUUCACAGCCUUCGUCAGCCCGUCUUCCCCUCUGUUUCCCCUACUGCAUCAUCUGUUACCCCUCUACCCAGCAGCAGCUCUCAGUCACAGGUUCAGUUAAUUCCUUCCUUGCAGCUUGCAGCUGACCAAAUCUCUCCACCUGAUUCCUUGUCUGUCCCCUCCCCCAUGGCCAGCCAGACCAGUGAGACAGGUGAUCCUGGUGAUGUUACCUUUGUGGAGAACUACAUGCCUCUGUUUGCUGGGCAGAUGGCACCCACUGCUCAGGAAGGAAUUUCUUCUCAGCCCUUAGCUCAUGAUUCUGUGGCACAGUGCCUUCCAGGGCAGGAUUUGGUAUCGGCCGCCCCCCUGAUUCAUAGACCCUUGGACAGUGCCUCAGCUCUGGGUGAGAGGGCAGUACCACCUGUGGUCACACACACAGCCUUGUCUAUUGUUACAUCCAGCAAAGCUGCCACCACCUUCAGCCACAGCUCAGAUUAUUGCUGUAUGUCAGCGCAACCUCCACACACCCACCUCCCACCCUUGGCCCCACUGAACGCCAGCUCCAUCCAGAACCCACAGACUUUUGCCCUGCCUCGCCCCAUUCAGUCAUCCAGUGCCAACAAAACCCGCCCUGUGCAAAGAAUUGUGCCUGCUACUACCCUCCCUCCUCCUCACCUCAUCCUCACAGGCCUUUUCCCCAGCCGUGCCAAUGCUGUGAUUGUUGCACCAACACCUUUAAAUGCAGAUGUGGUCCCUACUACAGGAGUGGUCCUCGCUCCUUCUUGUCUUGGAGGGAAGGCACUUCAUCCAAUUGUCCCAAAAGAACAGACUUAUUCUUCUAGCUGCAAAAACGUGGAGCCCUCAACUAGUGCCGGCCACGGUCACCCUGUAUCAGGUCAAGGGUCAUUGUGUGGGUUGGAACAGGUUCCCAGUCCCCAGUCACCUAUCAGCAGUAGUAGUGGAAGCACUCCCCCGGUAAAAAAUGAGCCACAUCAGUGCCGGAGGGUGAGCCACAUAUCCGCAGAGCAGAAGAGGCGAUUCAACAUAAACAUUGGAUUUAAAACACUUGGCAACCUGGUUCCCACUCUCAAAUCCCAGUCAAAUAUCACUAAUGCAGUGACGUUGCAGAGGACAGUGGAGCACAUUGGAAAGCUCCAGCAGGAGAGGCAGCAGCUACAGGAAGAAGCCAAGAGACUGCGAGAAGAAAUAGAGGAGCUCAAUGCUUCCAUAAACUUGUGCCAUGAGCAGCUUCCUGCCACAGGAGUACCGAUUACUCGACAUUGUGUUGACCACAUGCAGGAGAAGUUUGACGCAUAUGUGAAGAACCGAACACUUCAGAAUUGGAAGUUCUGGAUUUUCAGCAUUAUUAUCAAGCCUCUGUUUGAGUCAUUCAAUGGAAUGGUGUCAACUGUAAGCAAUGAAGAGCUGUGUCAAACCACACUGCAGUGGUUGGUUCAUCACUGUUCCCUUCCAGUCCUCAGACCCAUGGUGCUGAAUACCCUUUGCCAGCUGAGCACAACUACAUCGAUUCUUAGUGAUCCCUCCUUGCUGCCUGAAGAAGCCAUCCGCGCCAUCUCAAAUAAUUCCAAUGGAGAUGUGUAGCUUCACUGUCAGGGAUGGAAAGUGUUCCGAAAUCCGUCCUAUCAUAAUGAACUAAAAGCAGUGACACAUGAUGUAUCACUACUUGCACAAAAGCCACUGAGCAAGGUCACUCCUUACGUCUUCCUCAUGGUCUUCCUCACAUCAAAGAAUUUACUGAAAAUUCAUUAAUUAACUGUAGUGUAGCUGUGGCUAAUGCUGCAUUUGACAAGGUGGAAUGCUGAAUGCCAGACAUACCACAAAAACCCAAAGAAAAUGCCUGCUGAAGUCAAAAUUCCAGCUCCAAAAGCUUGAUGUUGGUUUUGAACCCUAAAUUGAAUGAGACAUCAUUUCACUGGGAAAUUUCACAACAUUAGCAGUAAUAAAGUAAAAUUUUGUUGUUGGUAAAAAAUAAAUUUGUCCCACGUGAAAUAUAUCUACACAGUUAUUAGGCAAAUUAAUAAUGCCAUCAAAAUAUGUUGGGCUGUUCUCAAGAAGUUCCUUAGAUUAUAAUUAUCAUGUUAUGAUUAAUGGUAGCUUAGCUAGUUAGCUAACUUGGCUAGCUAGUUAAGUAAUCUACAUUGCAAGUGUUUUAAUGUUCAUGCAGAUUUUAAGAUGCAGUUAAAGUUGACAGGUGUCAAUAUUUUAAAAAGUGAUGACAAAAAGUCUUUAGUAAUCCAGCUCAGGAAGCUGCAGAUCUUGCACUUCCCAGUUCUGACUUCCUCAGUAAGGUGAGUACAGAAUUACUGUGACUUUGUAUGACCGCUCAGACAAUUGUUUCUUGGAACAGUGUGCACACACAGCCCUGCCUUGAAUGUUACUUUGAUAAUCGUACAAUAAUGGCUUUUACCAGUUUCUGUUUGCAAUGACAGCAACCUUGCUGCUUUUUGUUGUUCUACAUAAUUAAUUUGAGGUGAUGAUUUUCUCUUGUAAUAACAUGUAAACAAGAAUAACAUAUACUGCAGACACAUGAGGACUAAAAGAAAAAUACUGAGUGAUGGUUAACCUCAUGUUUUAGGGCAAUACCAUGAAACUCAAGUCCAUUACUGCUUUCAGUGGUCCUGCAGUGAUAUAGCCAUCCCAGAGAAACAUGGUUUGUCUGUUAUUUCUUCACCCUGUUGAGAAUACGUGUUUGGGACA